UAAAGCUAAUAUGGCAAAGGCUUUCUUCUUCUUCUCAUUGCUGCUUCUUCAAACACUACUCAUCAUCAUCAUUGCAACAAGCCAUGUUCAUGCAAUGUUUCAACUAAAAGAAGCAACCAUCGACGAAAUUCAAAGCGCUUUUGCGCGAAACGAAAUCACAUCAAAGCAUCUAGUUAAGUUGUAUAAAGAUGAGAUCUUUAAAAGAAACCCUAUCCUUCGUGGCGUCUCGGAUCUAAAUCCGGACGCAGAAUUUGAGGCUGAGAAAGCCGACCAAGAGCGCUUGGCGGGGAAAAGAGGGACAAAGUUGAGUGAAAUACCGGUGUUGGUAAAGGACAACAUUGAUUUCAAAAAGAAGAAGAUGAGUACGACGGCCGGUUCGUAUGCGCUUGUUGGGUCGGUGGUGGCGGAGGACGCUUUUGUGGUGAAGAAGUUGAGGGAGGCUGGGGCCAUCAUUAUUGGCAAAGCCACCUUGAAGCAGUGGAAUGGUUUUAGGUCUUACAAUAUGCCUGGUGGUUGGUCUGCCUAUGGUGGCCAAGGCAAGAACCCUUAUAACCUGAGCAAUGAAGUGUGCGGAUCAAGCAGUGGAUCAGCAAUAUCAAUGGCAGCAAACUUUGCAACGGUGUCAUUAGGGACUGAAACAGAUGGCUCAAUAAUUUGUCCUUCAUCUUACAACUCAGUCGUUGGAAUCAAACCCACCGUUAACCUCACUAGUAGAUCCGGCGUGGUCCCUAUUUCUCGAAGACAAGAUUCCGUUGGGGAUGAAGGUGCGACGCUUGUGGAUGACAUAGUAAUUGAGAAGAGUGAAGAAAUUUAUGAGAAUGCAAUGAUAGCAUUGUUAGCUGAGCUCAAGAGAGACUUGAAUUCUUAUCUGCAAAAUCUCGUCUCUUCACCUGUCCGAUCCUUGGCAGAUCUCAUAACCUUCAACUAUAAACACUACGUUCUUGAGAAAAUCGUUGAAUAUCCACAAGACAUGUUUCUAGAUGCAAACAAGUUCGAUGGAAUAAGCAAAGAAGUUCAAGAAGCAAUAUCAAAUCUAGAAAGACUUUCCGAAAAUGGGUUUGAGAAGAUGAUGAAGGAGAAAAAGCUUGAUGCAUUAAUAUAUGUGGGACAAAAAUUGGUUCCAUUUUUAGCAGUUGGCGGUCACCCAGCAAUAACAGUGCCGGGUGGAUACAACAAUGAGAAGAUGCCAUUGGGUGUUUCAUUUGGAGGAUUAAAGUAUUUAGAACCAACUCUGAUUGAAAUUGCUUAUUCUUUUGAACAAGCUACCAAGAAACGUAGGCCUCCUCCUGAUGAUUUAAUCAUACUGCAACUACCACAAGGCAGGAGCCGCCGAGCAGCUCUAUUUAAUAAAUAUUAAAUAAGAUAAAUAUGUCCUAAAAGAUUUUGAGAUCCACUUAUAAAUUUUUAUGUUAAAAAAUAUA